AUGGCGCCCCGACUCAAGUUCCUUUCAGUGGGUGGAAACCCAGUUUCGGCCUUCUUAUCAUGGCGCCUACAAGCGACGAAUGCCUGCGAUGUCACCCUCGUGUGGAAGGCAGGUUACGAGCACGUGGCGCAAUAUGGAAUCUCCUUCAAGUCGCCCGUCUAUGGCAACGAGCGCUUUAAGCCCCGGCAUGUGGUUCGGACACCAGAGGAGGCUGCCGCGCGCAAGGACAGUGCCUACGACUAUGUUAUUCUCUGCAUAAAAGCACUUCCCGAUAUCUACGACCUGGCGUCGGUGAUAGAUAGUGUCGUUACACCCCAGCACACUUGCAUCAUCGUCAACACCACGCAGGCCCUCGGGUUGGAGUCUGCUAUAGAGGAGCGGUUCCCGACCAAUGUCGUCCUGUCUCUCGUCUGCGGGGCCGAAAUCGCCCAACUUGGCGCCAGCGAAUUCGAGCACAAGCGGUCGACUGAGCUAUGGGUUGGUGCCGCCAACAAGAAUGCCAACAUUCCAGCUUCGAUUCAAGAGGACAUGGCACAAGCGCUGGCUAUGACUCUUAGCACUGGUCAAGUUGAUUGCAAGGUUUCGCCCAACAUCCGGCAGCAACAAUUUGAGCGAGUCAUUGGCCCAAUUGCCUUCAACCCCCUAACUGUGCUCUUCGAGACCCCAAACUACGCUGCGCUGCUUGACAAAGUAGGAGUGUCCAAGCUAGUUUCCGACGUCAUCGAUGAAUUGCUUGCGCUGGCAACAGCUUAUGGCUGCAAGUUCCCAGCCGAGUUCAAGAAGAAUACAAUUGACGAGUUCGCACGGUUGAACACUGAGAAUAUCAUGUGGCAGGACUAUAACGCCCGUCGUCCCAUGGAAGUCGAGACAUAUCUUGGUUCUCCUAUCAAACUGGCCAAAGAUGUGGGCGUGACUGUGCCACGGAUCGAAACUCUUUAUGCCAUCCUGCACAACCUUAACCUGGUGAACAGGAGUCGACCCAAAGCCGAUGUCACAGAGCCUCCGUCUGGCCAACCAGGAUCGCCUUCUGGUGCUCCUACUCCUGUUCCACGAAUGUCGGCACAGGGCAUGUCUAUGCCCAACAGCAUGCCAAAUGGCAACGGCAUGCCACCAGGCAGGCCGCGGCCGAGAGGCCCAAUGGGACCACCAGGCCCAGGAAUGCGUCGCCCCCCUCCUAGCAUGAAUGGUGGCCCGAACGGCUACAGCCGACCCCCUACCGGUAUGGGUUCACGCAACCCUUCACGGAGAGGUUCGAUGGAUGGGGGCGAUUUGGAGGAGUUUCGGGACCUUGUACUCUACGAUGAUAUCCCCGAAAGCGGUGAAGCCGGCGGCUACCCGCAACAACAGCUUACACCACAAGAGCUGGCCAUUAGGGAAAGGGAAUUGCAGCUGCGUCAACGAGAGCUUGCUUUGAGGGAGCAGGAGAUGAGGUUACGGCGAGCUGCGGCUGGCAUGGGUCCUGGCCCGAGACGGCCCCCUCCUCGUGGCAAUAUGUACGAUGACGAUGAUGAAGACGAUUAUGUCGACCCAAACGACCUCCCGCCAGCGCCGAUGAUCGACCCCGACAACUUCGACAUGAUGAGUGUGACCUCGAGGAAGAACCGGAGAGUGCCGAGUAGUCCUGCGCAGUUCCGCAAAAACCCCGAGGAGGAAAUCAACAAGUCCCGCAGCAGAUUCAGACCGAGUUUCGGGCGGCAUCGUUCUAGUGGAGCGAGUCAGCAGAUCAUGAAUACUAUUCCCGGCCUGCAUCAAGACAUCAUGGACGACCCUCUUCUCGGCUUCACUUCUAACCGGUACGGCAAUGUAGAUAGAGGGGCUAUUCAUCAGGCAGUGGGUUCUAGGGCAAAUUCCCUUACUGCUGCGCGGCUCGAUGACAUGCAAUACGGUUUGAACGGUAAUGGCCCUCGUCGGUCGAGUCAAUCCCCCGGAAACCCUUAUAGUCCACCGAUUACCGGUGGGCCGAUUGGUGGACGCCCAUCCCCUCCCGGACAGGUUGGUCCUCCGCAACCCAUGAAUGGCCGGCCAUCACCUCCGGACAGCGUCAGACAGCCAAUGCCUCGGUACCCGCCGGGACAAGGCAAUAUGGUGGCGCCGCAGCAGGUUGAGCAAUAUGCAGGGUCCAAUGGAGUCCUCGAGCAGAGUAGAUAG